UCCCGACACGGUACACGCGUACGGAUUUCACGUGCACGGUUCUUACCCGCGAUUAUGCAACGCGGUAGACACAGGUGUGGUAGUACCUGUUGCGCAACCACAUUAUCUUCGCUCCUCGCUUCGUCGGUUGGACAAUUAAUAACGACAAAGUCCAAGGAUACGGGACAGGGACGCCGUUAGGCGCGCGUCCUCGGCGUCGCUGCAACUUUCGGCGCCCCGUUUCCGACACGGACGCCGCGCAAUCGUCCGCAAAAAACACCCGCGGUUCCUCAGGCAACGCGUUAUUUGUCAAAACUUUUUCCAUAGGAAGUCCGUGCUCUUAUUGCGCGAAAGCAGUCGCACCGUGGCUCGCCGUGGGUUACAUUCCCGCUGCAUUUUUAAAGAACUUCUUCGCCGAAGGUCACGCGAAUCGACGGAGUGGUCUGCAAUUAGCGAUAAUCGUUCGAACGCGCGUCUAAUUGCCACUCGGAAUAUCAUUUUUCUACCGCGGUUUUCGAACGAAGUCCGCGUCGAAGAUGAGAACGAGGAAGUCAAGUUCGACGAAGUUGUGGUAGUUGGACGGAAACGUGAUAAAUAAAUGGACCCGCGUGGGAUGUCUUCGCUCUUCGAACAGCAACAGGCCCCCAUGAAGACGAGACGCGGCGGCAGGGAUUCCUUGAAGGCGUGGGCGGAGCGAAGCGUUUGGUCCUUAGUAUGCGCCAUAGAAUUAGGUUUGAUCCCGGAGCCCUGCCUGACAAGUGUCUCGUUCGCCGCGCUCUCGAACGACGGCUCGCUCGCGAAAACGAGUACGGCGGUUUCCAAGGAAUUUCCCCCGAUAAAUUCCCCGAUCGCUGGGAAUCGUAAUGCGCGCGUCGCCCCGGAAUUCGCCGCGAGGACAUCGUCGCGGGAGCGAAUCGACCGUGUGAAAAGGAUCGCGUCGAAAUCUGGAAUGAACGUGCGCGCUAUGGCCACGACGACGAUGGAGAACUUUUGGAAAUCGUGCAAGAGAAAAGUGGGAAGACCGCGUAAACGGACGAGUCGAAAUUGCCGGGACGUGGACGCGAGAGCGUACGCGAGUCCGUGUUUCGAUCGAACCGGUAGCGUUCAGCAUCUCCCGGAAGUCGGUCGUCGGGCUCGUCCGAGGUACGAUUCGGAAAACGUACAAAGGGCCGUGUCUACCGUUUACCAAACGACCAACGCCGCGUCGAGGAACGGUUAUCCCGAUCGCAAGCUGCAGCGUGGUCGCGAGAGGCUGAUCGCUAAACGACGCGCCAAGAGGAGGACCAGACGCAAGAGGACCGCCAGGAUCGUUGAAAACGUCAAAGCCUCAAAGAUGCUGCUAUCUUGCACGAGUGCUUCUGCAUCCAGCCGACGGAAAGAGAAAGUCCUCGACGAGGACUCCUCCAUCAACGUCCAUUGGGAAUACCGCGGACAGGAUCCGCGUCCUUCGAACGAUUCCCGCGGAUCGAUGAUAAACGACCACGGCGGCGAACAGUUUCAAACGACUUGUUACGAGUCGACGACAGAGAGGGAUGAUUCGAGUCCAGGAGGAUCGUUCGUCUAUGAGGGGCGAGCUACGCUGUUGGAGGAUGUUGCGAAGGAAACAAGGUCGAGUCAGAGGAGCGAUUUUUCGACCUCGAGCCGCGACGAGACGUCCAGCGCGGCGGACGUUCUCGCGGACAAAGAUAACGAUCCUGGAUGGGGAUCGAACAACGUCAGCUACGAAAAGCAAACCUCGAUGGCGAAAAGGAACAAGAUAGCAACUAACGGGAGCGUUAUCGGCGCGUCUGUCAGGGACGCCGUGAAAAGCGAUACUGUUCGCGCGAAAAUAUUCCGAAACGACGACGAUAUCAGAAGGGUGACGCGCGGAUCGUCGAGAAUCAGCAAGGAGAAUUUCGUCGGGAAACUGGUGUGGGGGUGUUGCUCGGGAUGGUGGCCAGCGUUAAUUAUCGAUGCGGACCAUGUAGGAAUGCUGUCUGAGGCGGGAAAAUUGUGGGUUUACUGGAUCGGAGAAGCUCGUAUAUCAUUACUGAACGAAAAAACACAGAUCGAAUCGUUCUCGUGCAACUUGAAAUACAGACUGGCGCAGAACUCGAACGUGGCGCGGAUUCGAGCUAUUGACGCAGCUAUGCAGAUGCUGCGCGCACAACUGGGCUGCAGCUUGACGAAACCGUAUUCCGCUUGGAUCGAGAAUCAUUUCUCGGACGAAAUCGAGGUGUUGGACGAAAUCAAAUUUUAUCCGUAUCCGAACAGAAUACAGCGGAGGCUCGACUCUCUGAAGGAGAAAAAUUCCAAAGUGACCGAGAAAUAUUUGCUGGACCAAAAACGUGAGAGCCAGACGAAAAAGGUGAUCGAGAAAGCGAAAGAAUCGCCGCAACAAAACGACGUGGAUACGACGCGGCUGCCUUUGAAAGAGCAGCACCCGGGGAUUAUAACGUGGGCUAAAAUCGCCGGACACAAUUGGUGGCCAGCAAUGAUUAUCGAUUACCGGGAUUGUUGCAUGCGCGAGCCGAGCUUCGGUUGCCAAUGGAUCAUGUGGUACGGCGACUACAAGCUUUCGGAGAUCCAUCAUCAGUCAUUCAUGAGAUUCGACAGGGGCUUCGAGAAACUACGCGACUACAUAAACAACACUAAGAAGCACACCUAUCUGAUCGGUGUUCUCCUGGCCGCCAAGGAUUACUGUUCUCGUUUGGGAUGCGAAACCGAUAAUUGGACGUUGGCGUGCGUGCUCAAAUAUUUCUCGAAAAUUAGUCCGCCGCAGCCGCGGUACGAUCCCCCGAGAAAAACCGAUUCCGUCAAAAUAUACGAUAAAUACUCGGCGCACAUCGUCGAGAAGCUGAACGAGUCGAAGAACAAUCCGAAUAUCGACGACAAACGGGCGGACGACCUGAAGAACAGCGAUGAUUUACGGUCCGUCUCGAGCGGCGAGAUCUCGUUGGAAUCGUUGUGCCUGAAAUGCCUGAAAAUUCCCAGCGGAGAAACGGAGGCUCACCCAUUUUUCCAGGGAUCCCUGUGCAAGGAAUGCUCGGAACAGUACAAACCUCGCAUGUUCGUGUUCGGCAACGACGCAAAAUGUUUUUACUGCACGGUCUGCGCUGGUUCCGGAACGGUGAUCAUCUGCGACAACGAGGACUGUCCGAGGGUUUAUUGCACGGCUUGCAUGAAGCACUUGCUGUGCCCGACAACGUACGACGAGGUGCUGCAGGAAGAUCCCUGGGAGUGUUUCCUCUGCCAAAGCAGGUCUGGCGCGUUCCCCGAUACGAUUGUCAAGCCACGACCGAACUGGAAGGACAAAAUAAUCGAUAUGUUCCGUACGAGUUCCAAUCCGAACGAGCAAGUGACCGAAUGCUGUGACAAAAGGAGAAGUAUACGCGUCCUCUCUCUGUUCGAUGGUUUGAGCACAGGCUUACUGGUGCUUCUCAAGCUGGGCUUGACCGUGGACGUCUAUUACGCGAGCGAAAUCGAUCCAGACGCGUUAAUGGUUAGCGCCUCACAUUUUGGUGACCGCAUUGUCCAUUUAGGGGACGUGAUGGAUAUAACAAGGGAGAAGAUCAAGGAAAUGGUACCGAUCGAUCUGUUGAUCGGUGGAUCACCGUGCAACGACUUGAGCCUCGCUAACCCUGCACGCCUCGGCCUCUACGACCCAAGAGGAACUGGUAUUCUCUUUUUCGAGUACUGUCGAAUCAUGAAGCUGGUGAAAACAAUGAACAACGGGCGUCCUCUGUUUUGGAUGUACGAGAACGUUGCUUCGAUGCCGACCGAAUACAGAUUAGAAAUGAACAAGCACUUAGGUCAAGAACCCGACGUGAUAGACUCGGCAGACUUUUCUCCUCAACAUAGGUUGAGACUGUAUUGGCAUAAUCUGCCGAUAGAACCGCACUCGUUAUCGUCUCAGUGUGAACAGGACGUUCAGGACAUACUCACGCCGCACUGUCAGCGUUACGCGCUCGUGAAGAAGAUUCGAACCGUUACUACAAAAGUUAACUCUCUGAAACAAGGUAAAGCGGCCUUGAAACCGAUCCUGAUGAAGGACGAGAGCGACUCGCUGUGGAUCACCGAGCUCGAGGAGAUAUUUGGAUUACCACGACAUUACACAGACGUGAAGAAUUUAUCGGCAACGAAGCGACAGAGAUUAAUAGGCAAAUCUUGGAGCGUUCAAACCCUGUCCGCAAUUCUGAGAUCCCUCUGUCCCUACUUCCAGUGCAAUACAAUCGAAACGAAUCAAUAAGU